GGGCCACAUCGCAGCCUGGGCACCUGCCCCGCGCAGCCCCAGGUGCCCCGUGCGCGCCGCUCUCACCUGCCGAGCCGCGGAGGCGCGGGGAGGGCCCCCGGGAGCCCGGAGCGGGGCCGCGAGAUGGACUCGGUGGUUUUUGAGGAUGUGGUUGUGGACUUCACCCCGGAGGAGUGGGCUUUGCUGGAUUGUGCUCAGAGGAGGCUCUACAGAGAUGUGAUGCGGGAGACCUGCAGGAACCUGACUUCAGUGGGUGAAAACUGGAAAUGCCAUGGUAUUGAAGAUCAGCACAAGAACCUGGGGACAUGUAUGAGGUGUCAUGCGGUGGAGAUACUCUCAGAAAAUAAUGGAACUAAUCAAUGUGGAGAAACCAACCAGAUUUCAAAUUUUAUAUUGCAUAAGAAACUUUCUACUGGAGUAAUAAAGUCCUAUGAAUACAUUAAGUUUGAAAAAGCCAUCAUGGAUACUACAUCCCUAAAGAGUCCCAUAACAUCACUUCAACAUGGACAGAAAUCCCAUCGAUGUAAGGAAUGUGGGAGAACUUUUAUUUGUUACUCAUCAUUUAGGGCACACAUAAGAGCUCACACUGAAGAGAAACCGUACACAUGUAAGGAAUGUGGAAAAGCCUUUAUAUACUUCUCCAAACUUAGGGUUCAUAUAAGAACCCACACUGGAGAGAAGCCUUAUGAAUGUGAAAAGUGUGGGAAAACCUUCAGAUCUCCCUCAAACCUCUGGACACAUAGGGAAACUCAUACUGUUGAGAAACCCUAUGCCUGUAGAGAAUGUAAUAAAUCCUUCUCUUCUCCCUUGUCUCAGAAAACAUGCGAAGGUUCACAGUGCAAAGCCUACGAAUGUAAGGAAUGUGGGAAAGCCUUUCUUCAUCCUUUUUACCUGAUCAUACAUGCAAGAAUGCACACUGGAGAGAAAGCCUAUAAACGUGUGGAAUGUGGGAAGGCCUACAGCUGGCCCUCUGACCUCAGGAUUCACAUGAGAACACACUCUGGAGAAAAGCCUUAUGAAUGUAAACAAUGAAAAAAAAAUGAAUGUAAACAAUGCGGGAAAUCCUUCAGCUCCCCUUCAUCGUUUAAGGGACAUUUGCGAACUCACACAGGAGAAAAACCAUAUGCAUGUAAUGAAUGUGGAAAAGCCUUCAGCAGUCUCUCAUACUUUAGAACACACGUGAGGAUUCACACUGGAGAGAAACCCUAUAUAUGUAAGCAAUGUGGGAAAGCUUUCAGUUGGUCAUCAUCAUUUCGAGGACAUUUGAGAACUCACAGUAGAGAGAAACCCUAUAAGUGUAAGCAAUGUGGUAAAGCCUUCAGUAGACUCACAUCCCUACAAAGACAUGUGAGAAUUCACAGUGGGGAGAAACUCUAAAUGUAAGCAGUGUGGGAAAGACCUCUGUGGUACCUUAUCCUUAAAAAAAAAAAAAAAAAGACAUGGAAACCCUAACAGGAGGGAAACCUUAUGUCA